UGAAUUUCCGGUUGUUAUAUUAAUUAAUAAUAUGUAUAAAAUUUAUAAUAGAAAUAGCGUUUAGUUUAGUUUUGUUUCGCUUUGGACUAACGGACGAAUUAAAAAUGCACUUGUUUUUCUUAAUUAUUUUUUUAAUAGAUAAAACACUUUCGGAAACUGAGGUUAGUCCAAAAUUAACUAAAGUUUGGGGGCCUGGUUUAACUCCAGACAAAUUUGUAAUGCCUGCAAGAUACUUUUUCGUAAAGUCAAUAGAUAUAUCGAAUGUUAGUAUAACGGAGCCUUUGAAAGAACCUUUCCAAAUAGUUAUCGAUGGAGCCACAAAGUCAAAAAAACCUUGUCGACUCUGGACGACAGUUUUAGAUAGAAAAGAUGGCUCUUACAUCGUGAGAUACAAAAUGUACGAACCGUGUGUGUACAUGAAGAUUUCUAUCACAUAUAGGAAUGAACAUGUAGCAGAAUCUCCAUAUGUAAUAAAUAAUAUGGUCUACCCAGACGACUGCAUGUGCCCUAUUCAUAAUAUCAAUGAGUUCAUAGAAUCUUGGGAGUGCGGAUUGCUUCCCAGUGAAAUUACUGAGAGACUGAAAAUAUUUGGAGAAAUUAAUUGGGAUCAGUAUAGAGAAAAGGUGAUUAAAAAGUUUGAUAGACCACACUCUGUCAGUUUGUGCCAUUAUGUCAUAAAAAAUAAUGAAGUUUAUCGGAAAUGUUACGGUAAAUAUGUCGGAUAUAAUAUGUUUAUGGACAACAUCCUGUUGUCCCUGGCUAGAAAAGUGAAGAUGCCAGACCUGGAAUUUUUUGUUAACCUGGGUGAUUGGCCUUUGUCCACUGAUAACUUGCCUGAAAAGUAUCCUAUUUUGUCGUGGUGUGCGAGUACCGACAGUUACGAUAUAGUAAUGCCCACCCAUGACAUCACAGAGUCGACAUUGGAAAAUAUGGGAAGAGUGAUGUUGGAUAUACUUUCCGUUCAGGGUAACACUGAAGGGCCUUGGGAGAGUCGCAUUCCGAAAUUAUUUUGGAGGGGCAGGGACUCAAACAGGCAUCGAUUAGAUCUGAUAGACAUUUCGAGGAAGUAUCCUGAUUUAUUUAAUGUAUCGCUAACAAAUUUCUUCUUUUAUAGGGACGAGGAACAUAUCUACGGCCCUAAGAGCGACUACGUUUCGUUUUUUAGGUUUUUUGAUUACAAAUACCAGUUAGCCAUUGAUGGUACAGUGGCCCCGUACAGAACACCGUAUUUACUGGCAGGUGGCUCUUUGGUAUUUAAACCGGAGUCGAAGUAUAUGGAACAUUUCUAUAAGGACCUCGUUCCCAACUUUCAUUUUGUCCCCGUUAAGAAGGAUUUAUCCGACCUCGUGGAUAAGCUGAAAUGGGCAAUAGAUAACGACGAUAAAGCCAAAGAAAUCGCCAAAAACAGUCGAAGUUUCGUCAAUGACAAUUUGCUUCCAAAAAAUAUUUUUUGUUACCACGUACAUCUUUUCAGGGAGCUGAGUAAAGUGAUUACUAGUUCCGUGAAGGUUUUUGAAGACAUGGAGCACAUCAAACAAACUAAGGCGCAGAAUUGCGAUUGCGAGAGCGCAAUCAAAGAUGAACUGUAAAUUAAAUGUUUUAUUUAAAAAAUGAAUUCUACUUUAUUGAUAAGAAUCUCAAUUGUACGUUUGUAAGAUUUAUCAAUCAAUAAAAAUGUUAAAUAUG